GAUGCAUUUCCUUAGACCACUGCGCCACUCGGGAAGCUUCUGUAAUUGCGUUGGUGAACAUGCACCCGAAUUUCUGAAGUGUCCUGUUAGGGUGAAGGAGACUGAGGCGGUAAGAAUAUGGACUGUCCAGCAUGUCCUAUCCGGAGGCGGUGAGAAGAGUGGAAGAACUUUGGAAGAACUAGUGGAAGGACUUUUAUUUUUUUUAUUUUUUUUUUAACAGCAGAGGCAUUACAAGGAAUGCUGUCGAUGAAUGCUCCAUCUUCACAUGCACCCGAGCCUGUUUAUGGAUGGGAUUUGAACUGUGACUGAAGGAGUGAGAUGUUUAAAAAAAAAUUGUAUAGCCUCGUGUUCCCACCCCAUCCCGCAAUUAAAUAUAUUUUGUUUCAAUACCCGGUGCAGUAGAUGGCGGCAAUUGACCUACACCAAUAGGUGUAUUCUGCCAAACAACCUUAAAAAGAAGAAGAAGAAUAUGACAGCGCAGCGGUUGUUAUGGAGAAGCAUUUCCCCGGAGGGCUGGAGAAACAUUGGAGAGCUGGCGUUGGGGACAGAAAGCAGCUGAUCGGUUUCAGACGGGCUGAGAACACGAGCUCGCGCUUCUGUCAGACUGAAUGAACUCCAUAGGUAGACCUCAGUUUGGAGUUGUUUCCCUGGUCCUGACAGAUCUUUGAUGUAUUGUCCUCGUCCACCCCUCAGGUAGACCUCAGUUUGGAGUUGUUUCCCUGGUCCUGCCAGAUUUUGAUGUAUUGUCCUCGUCCACCCCUCAGGUAGACCUCAGUUUGGAGUUGUUUCCCUGGUCCUGCCAGAUCUUUUAUGUAUUGUCCUCGUCCACCCCUCAGGUAGGCCUCAGUUUGGAGUUGUUUCCCUGGUCCUGACAGAUCUUUGAUGUAUUGUCCUCGUCCAGCCCUCAGGUAGGCCUCAGUUUGGAGUUGUUUCCCUGGUCCUGCCAGAUCUUUGAUGUAUUGUCCUCAUCCACCCCUCAGGUAGGCCUCAGUUUGGAGUUGUUUCCCUGGUCCUGCCAGAUCUUUGAUGUAUUGUCCUCGUCCACCCCUCAGGUAGACCUCAGUUUGGAGUUGUUUCCCUGGUCCUGACAGAUCUUUGAUGUAUUGUCCUCGUCCACCCCUCAGGUAGGCCUCAGUGUGGAGUUGUUUCCCUGGUCCUGCCAGAUCUUUGAUGUAUUGUCCUCGUCCACCCCUCAGGUGUCAGGGGAGGGAGGUAGAAUGUUAUGUAUUCUCAGCAGCACAAUGGAUCCUUGAGACGCCUUGAUGCCGGACUCUUCCUGGUUUCUGAAGCACCACCUGCACUGGCCUAUUACAGGACUAGAAGACUGACAAGUGAUCCAAUCCCAUGCAGCCCCCACCUCUGACCAACCUCUGCCCUUCCAUUCUCUCGUACUAUUGCACUCUGAAUUAAGGUUCUGUGCAGUAUUAGUUCAAAUGUCUUUAUUUAAAAAAUGUUUUUACCUCAUUGAUAUUGUUUUUCAUUUUUUUUUAAAUUAUUUCGUUUUUUUUUAAUAUACAGGGAUCUGACGAUACAAUACUUAGGCGCCGAUAUGUAUGGUGUUUCUCAUGAUUAUUGUGAUUUGAUACUGUGAUUUUUAUUGGCAUUUGAUGUUCCAAACAUAUUGCUCACCACAUGUCGGCUGCAGAGAGUCUAGAGAAAGCAUGAUAAAAUGAGUUUCGAUCAUUCAUGGAAAUAAGUGCUGUGAACAUGUUGGCUCAUUAUUUAAGAAGAUGGAGAACCAGUUAUAGGAUGACGAGUGCUAGCUAACGCUUCCUAGCAAGAAAAAUACAUUACAAAUCGAAAGUAGCGAUUUAUAAUGGAACUAUAUCGAUUUAUAAUCUUUUUUUUAGCGGCGAUAUGGAUUUAAGGACUGAAAUAUGGUUCAAAGUAAUUUUUCUUCACUUUCUACUGCUAAAAUCCAGAACCAGAUCAGACCAGUGAAACAGGACAACAGAGGGGGGAGGGGGUGGGCAUUGGUGUGGCAUGGCGGAGCACGGCGAGCUGCUCGGUGAGAUGGCCACGAUUGGGCGUCUGAGCGCCACGGAGCGCUUGAAGCAUGCCCAGAAGCGGCGCGCCCAGCAGCUAAAAGGCUGGGCCCAGAUGGACAAGGACAUGGCCCGCAGCGCGGGUAAGGCCGGCCAGAAAAGCAACAAGAAGGGGCGCACGCGCAGGGUGGUCUUCCCCAACAACAUCACUCUGCUGGAGGCUGCAGCCCGCAAUGACCUGGAGGAGGUGAGGGAGCUGCUGAACGGUGGAGUCAGUCCAGAUCUGUACAACGAGGACGGACUCACUGCCCUUCACCAGUGCUGCAUUGAUGACUUUGUGGAGCUGGUACAGUGUCUGUUGGAUGCCGGGGCCAGUGUGAACGCCUGUGACAGUGAGCUGUGGACGCCACUUCACGCUGCUGCCACCUGUGGACACACAGACCUGGUGCAGCUCCUCGUGCAGUCUGGAGCAGAGCUGCUGGCUGUCAACGCUGAUGGCAACAUGCCCUAUGACCUUUGUGAGGACGAGGCCACUCUGGAGCUGCUAGAGAUGGUCAUGGCAGAGCAGGGUAUAACCCAGGACCGUAUAAACCGGUGUCGUGGGGCUAAGGAGAUGAAUAUGCUCACAGAUAUUCGAGUGCUGGUUCAGAAUGGAGCGGACCUGAACGCUCAGGAUGACAACGGGGCCACGCUACUGCACAUAGCGGCGGCUAACGGCUACUUGUUGGUGGGGGAGCUGCUACUGGAGCACCGGGCCAAGGUGGAGCAGAAGGACACGGACGGCUGGACACCACUCCACGCCGCCUCCUGCUGGGGACAGAUUCUGAUGGUGGAGCAGCUGGUGGCUCAUGGGGCCAGUCUCAACACCAAGUCUGUCCUGGAAGAGACGCCGCUGGAUGUGUGUGCUGACGAGGAGGUGAGAGUCAAGCUGAUGGAGCUGAAGCACAAACACGACGCAAUCAUGAAGAGUCAUGACCGACACAAGGGCACCUUGCAGAGACGAGCCUCCAGCACUGGCAGCAGAGGUAAGGUGGUGCGGCGUGUGAGCGUCAACGAGCGUUCCAGCCUGUACCGGCGGGAGCACCACAAGGAGGCCAUGGUGUGGCAGGAGAGAGGCCGGCAGGCCGAGCCGCAGGACGACGACGAGGACAGACAGACGGACAACGAGCUCCACCAUCACGUUGCCAUGGCUGCAGGUACCAUGUCGAGGCUGGAGAAUGAGGAGGGAGCGGAGAGGAAGUCUAGUCUGGGGAACGGUGGGACGCCCCUUGCCCUCUCGGCGUCUGUCCCAGGGGAGCAGUGGAGUAGAGGUCGGAUGGACCGUAGUGCCUCCUACCAGCUGAGCCCUGCCUCAGGGUCUGGGGAGGAAAGGGACAACAUGACCCUGGAGAAAUCCCACCAGACUCUAGCUGACCUGAAACGCCAGCGGGCUGCGGCCAAGCUCAACAAGUACCCCGCCCCACCUCUACUCCCUCCCUCAGAGGAGGAGCCUCCCUCUCCCACCCCUCUGCAGGAGGUGACCCCCUCCCGAGCCGCCCAGGAGACCCCCAGCACAGAGGUGGCCUUUCCCAGCGCUGUGUACUUCACUCCAGCCAGUGGGGACCCGCCCCUGCUCAAACUACGAGCCCCAGAGGAGGACACGUCCAACAACACCAAGGAGCCCUGCUGUGGAAUCAUGUAGAGACACACAAACACUCCCAAGCCACAAUGUAGAGACACACAAACACUCCCAAGCCACAAUGUAGAGACACACAAACACUCCCAAGCACCCACUGCCUGACUGGAAAUCAGGGGAUGUGUAACACUCCUAUGUGGCAAACCGAUUUCAAGUCAAAACACUACGGUGACCACCAGAUAUACUUUUAAGGAUUCAUUGCAGUUUGAUUCAUUCUAAGCAUAUUAUUUGGUUCCGUCAAUGAUAUGCCGUUGAAUGUUUGGUCUUAACUCCAUUUUAGUAAAUGUAGUAGUACAUUUUAUCUUCUUGCACAGAUUUAUUUUAAACCCUCCUUCCUGAGAAAUGUCAAACAUUUAAUAUAUGAGCACUUAACGUAAUGUUCCUCAUUGUUCCUCUGAGGGUGUGGCCAGAGGGGUCUAUUUGGAUCUCAGGAGACCUUAUGUGGCCACCUGGUGGCUUUUUAGGCUGUGUGUAGAGACCUACAGAUUCCAGUAUUACUCUUGCAAUAGCACUGAGUACUUUCCUCUUAAGUCCCUUUUUUCAUGUGUGUUUGGGGCAGUUCAAUAAGAGUUCUCACACAGGAUGUAUCAAGCACAUACUAUAUGAAUUGGUCAUCUGACUUCAGUGAGUAAGCUGUGUGUGUGUAUUCAAAGCAGAAAAGGGGCAAGAGCAGAAUGAACCAAACCUGAUUAUUAUGCUUUUUUUCAAGCUGAUAAUCGGACCAAUGAAUGAUUUUUCCUACUUAUGAUUGACUGAACAUGAUUUGAGAUGUGCACUGUAACUUGAUGUGCACUGUAACUUGAUGUGCACUGUAACUUGAUGUGCACUGUAACUUGAUGUGCACUUUUUGAUUGAAGGGAAGCACGGAUUAUGAUCGAGAGUGAGGCGAUUUCCUAAAGUGAUUGAUACAAAAGGGUACAUGAUAGCAUUUAUUGAUCUGACAGUGCAACCUGAAAGUAUUCAGACCCCUUGACUUUUUUCCUAAUUUUGUUUCAUUACAGCCUUAUUCUAGUUUUUUUCCCCCCCUCAAUCUACACACAAUACCCCAUAAUGACAAAGCAAAUGUAUUACAAAUUAAAAAAACAGAAAUCACUUUUACAUAAGUAUUCAGACCCUUUACUCUGUACUUUUUUGAAGCACCUUUGGCAGUGAUUACAGCUUCGAGUCUUGGGUAUGAUGCUACAAUGUCAUGCUUCAACAUAAGGAUGGUAUUUGCCAGGUGUUGAGCAGUGCCUGGUUUCCUCCAGACGUGACGCUUGGCAUUCAGGCCAAAAGUUCAAUCUUGUUUUCAUCAGACCAGAAAAUGUUGUUUCUCAUGGUCUGAGUCCUUUAGGUGCCUUUUGGCAAACU